UACUUGCGAUUCGUGAAUUGCAAUGUCCGCAUUCUUAAAUUCAGGUUAAACAUACCGAAACAAUGAUGAGGAGAGUUAUGGAGCUUCUGGGCCGCCUGAUACUCGACGAAGUUCAACGAAAAACUUGCGCGUCACUUCCACCUGACAUGCGUGAAUUUUUACAGUGGAUGUUAAGAGUAGAUGACGACGAUAAACCAUCGGAACAGGUCCCACCUUUACCAUUGGUGCACAAUCAAGAACCACAUCAACAUCAAACGGAUAAAUUCUUAUUCGGAGAUUCUUCAAUUGGUAACGAAAGCGCAGAGCUGGACGAGCUGAACAAAAAAGUCAGAUUGCUGAAACGUCUCAUCGAAGAAUACAAUGCGCUCACUACCAAAGAGAAGACGAAAGUUCAAGUCGUUCACGACUACCUGGUUAGCGAUUGUUCGAAAUCAGGAUUUUGCUUGAUACAUUUCUCACAAUCACAUAUCAUGAUAGGUCAAACAACUGCGACUUCUACUGGAGUAUAUAGAGUCGAAGCAGGCUGGUGGCGUGAAGAACGAAGGGAGUACAUUAGGAGAUGCAAAUAUACUCCAGUACCAAAACGCUGUGCCCAAUCCAAAUGA